CGGCCGCCGGCAGGGCCGCCCGCGGGAGGGGGCCGCGCUCCGCCCUCGGAGGCCUCGGUGUCCUGCCGUGAUAGGGGCCGGGGCCGGUCACGCCUCGGCAGCUCCCGCGGAGCAUCCCAGGCGCAAAGGCCUGUGCCCCGGCAGCUCCCCGCACCCUGCCGGGCCGCGCUCGCCGUGCGGGGCGGCCGCUGCGCCCCGGGGCCGGUACCCCGCAGGCCGAGGCCGCGCCGCCUGGGUGACAGGCUGCCUGGCGGGCUGGGGGGCAGGGUGGGCGCACGGCAGCGCCGGGGGUGAGCGUCCCUUGGGCACCGCACGAACCGUGCACAAACCCCCAGUCCUGAGAGAGGCGGAGGCUGUCCUGGAACCGCAGCCGGAGCGUAGGGGCAGCCUCCGGCAGCAGCGGUUAUCAGGGUCGUGUGGAUGGAGUUGUUACAGUCUCAAAAUCGUAUGACUGAAUCAAGAUUCAGCUCUUACAAGUUGUGUAAACUCUAUUGCUGUCUUUCUAAAAAAUCAUACGCUAACCAUGUCUUUAAAUUCAUCUGCGCUUUUAAAUGAAGAAAACUGUCAGGGACAAAGAAGAAAUACUGAAUGUUUGGAAAGUCUAGAACUGCAGACUCCAUCAUCGCUUCAAGAUAACCCACUUCAACAAUUACAGUUAGCAUCGCAAGAAGUACUGGAAAAGGCAAAAAAGAGUGGGAGAUCAAAAUGCCCCCGAUGCAGCAGUUCAAGGAUGUUUUAUUGUUACACAUGCUUUGUUCCUGUUGAAACUGUCCCUACCAAAGAAAUUCCAACUGUGAAGUUACCUUUGAAGAUUGACAUUAUUAAACACCCAAAUGAAACAGAUGGCAAAAGCACUGCUGUGCAUGCUAAGCUUCUGGCACCUGAUGAUGUUACAAUUUAUAAAUACCCUUGCAUUCCAGAAUAUGAAGAAAAAAGACAUGAAAUAGCACUUAUAUUUCCUGGCCCCAAUUCAGUUUCAGUGAAAGACAUUGCUUUCCAUCUCCAAAAGUACACUAAGAAAGGUGUUUGUGAUAAUGACGAUGACUGUUCCAGAGAGCCAUUUCUUAAACAAGCAAAAAUAGAACCUACAGAAGAAAAAAAUCUAAAUGAAUGCAUUUCAAGCAACAAGACUGAAGGCACUAAACUGAAGAAAAUAAUAUUUAUUGACAGUACCUGGAAUCAAACUAAUAAAAUAAUAACUGAUGAACGACUUCAAGGGUUGCUACAAAUCGAGUUGAAGACAAGGAAAACUUGCUUUUGGCGUCAUCAGAAGGGAAAGCCAGAUACAUACCUUUCCACGAUAGAAGCAAUUUAUUAUUUCCUUGUGGACUAUCAUCAGGAGAUUUUGAAAGAGAACUACAAAGGACAAUAUGAUAAUCUGCUUUUUUUCUUUUCAUUUAUGUACACAUUGAUUAAAAAUGCCAAGUGUUGUGCAGGAAAAGAGUAAGAUGUCUGUCUAUAGGUAGGUAACACUAGAUUUAAUUUUGUUUCUUUUUUAAUGAUAAACUGCACAAACGUAACCUUUUAUCUAACUGAAAUCUGGAAAUAGAUUGUACUCUUAAUAAUAGCUACAGUGUUUGUCCAAAAGUAAGCUGUAGACCUUAUGUCCUGCACAUGUGAGGUUGUAGAACUACUGAUGAGCAGGCUAAUUAGAAUUACUUAUUUGAAAACAAUUACUCUCUGCUAAAUCUUGCUGUGUUUGAACCUACAGACCUGAUAGGCUCACCACAGCGAGAAUACUGCCAUAGGUGAGGACAGGAGGACUUAGCCCCUCUUACCAUAAGGAGUGAUCACUCUAACUGUAGAAAGGAAUUGUGAUGCUAGCUUUUUAGUACUAUUAUUGCUUUGUUUCAGGUGUUUUCUUUGUGUUUUACCCAGUAAUACUGAUUUCACUUUCAUGACAUCAAAAGCUUAUGGAAAUUAUUGGGAUGGUAUUUAAUUUAGAGGGGUGAAGGGCAAUACAAAUGCAAAUACAAAUUGGAUGCGGCCAAUACAAAAUGAAAGACCACAUUAAUUGAAUAGAAUAUGAGUUACGUGCUUUCAAGAUUAAUUCUGGAAAAUUGUCCUAGUAAUAGAAAAGAGCAGUCUCUAAACAUCAUUAUAGAGUGCAUGAUUUCCACAGUACCGCUCACAUACUGUUAUAUUAAGAUUAUGUACAAUUUCUUGGAUAAUUUUAGACUUCUUCAAACAAAUGAAUUUAAUUAAGUGUUUAUUAUUCUGUAAUAUCAUUAUUCUUCUGGGGAACACUAACUUAGUAAGUGUCACUAUGGCAUAUCACAGACAGUAAAAUUUUGUAGAUGCCACAUACUUGUAUUCUAAGAAGCAGAAAAGGCUCAUGACACUGCAGCAGUUGUCUGACAAUGUAGAUCUUUUUACAGGACCUUAGCAAAGUAAUUUGCAGAGACAAGAAGUAGGGAAGAUGGCAGUUCCAACCACACAUUUCUGGUAAGACUUCCUUAAAUUAGGCAGAUUAUGAGUCUGCUGUGUUUUUUCUUUUGCAGUAAUAGUGCAAAUUUGAACAGCAUAAAUAAGACUUUGUCUAUGCUGAUGAAAUUUUUGUUGGUAUGUGUAGCACAUGUGAAUGUAAUUAGACAAGUAUGACUUUGCCAAGCUAUACCAGUACAGCUAAUGCUGGCAGAGGCAGUAGACCUAAGCUAUAUCUUUACAAGUAGAGUUAUACAAAUAUAUUUUUAUCAUACUAGGAUGUUCUGCCAGAAAAAUCCAUGUUGGUAAAGAAUAUAGUCUUAAGGUAGAAAAAAAUGUUUCAUUAGAGGUGUGAUGUAAGUUGGAUAAAUAUUUCUGAAUAUUCUCAGAGGUGCGUUACUUAAGAAAAAAAUUAAUCUUGUCAGUGGCAGAUUGAAAAAUUACCAUAGAUAAAUUUUUAAACAAAAAUGACGAAGUUUUUGUUGUAAUUUUCCUCAGAAAAUCUGCCAAAGUUGUCCCCUGUAGCAUACUCUCCAGGAGGGCAUUCUCAAUACCCUGGUGAACGUAGGAACAGUGCCUUGAAAAUUACUUCAAGAAAAUCUUUUAAUGCUUACAGAGCAAUCCAGGCAGAUGCAAACAACUGAUUUGUACUGCUUUUUAAUGCUUCAAGAUACUGAAACCAAAGUUAAUAUUGCUUAAAACAAAAGGCACAAAUACACUGUCUGCAAGUCAUACUUACCUUCAGAUUUGUAUGCUUAUCUGCACAAGUGAAUGCAUAUAAAAAUGUAUUUCAGUGGACAACCAAAACACAUCUCCUCUAUUUGCAAAAUGAAAUGCUAGAAUGCUAGUUAAGUUACAUGAGUGCACAUGCAGUGUGUGAACUGUAAAAGCAACCACGAGAAACAGGCUGGAAGUCAGAAUGAGAAAGGUAAUUUUUAAAUGUACGUACACAUCGAGUUCAUGUGCCAGGCAAUGAGAAAAAUCAGCAGUCAUGUCUCAGUGCUAUCGAAACAACAUAUUUCUUAUUCAUUUGGUUCUUACUGCUAUUGAGAGAUUAUUUUGGCUUUUUACAGUGAUUAAUGCUAUUUCCUUUGGUAUGAUUUUGAUACUCUUUUGACAUUUCCAUCUGUUCUUGUAUUUCUUAAACAAAGACUGUUGUAAUGCUUUUUAAAAAUCACACAAGUAUAAUAGCUUGAGAAGGAAACUUUCACCCACUUUAAACAAACAAAAAUAAAAUGAACCCACUGACCUAAUGUUUUACAAGAACCAGAGAGAAAAAUGGGGCGGGGGGGGGAGGGGGAGUUACUUCCAAGACACAUUUCCCUGAAAACAUGUUUUUUUUAUUUAAGAAGCAGAGGUCAGAUAAAAGUUUAUAUAAGCUGUUCUUUGUUACUUUUGGAAAACAGUUUCAUAAGGUUCAAAAUGGUUUCCAAAUUUAAGUUUUCUGUACCUCACUUUAUUUGAACAAUGGGAAUUAAGAACCUAUUCCAAAAGUAAAUUAAUUUUAAUUCUCAGGUGAAAUCAAUGUACAGAAAAGAUUUUAAGUCUGGAACACUGUGUCCAGAAAUUGGGUUCAGAUUCUUUUUCUUCCAGUGCAACUUCAGUGUAAUGCAAGAGUCAUUCUUACACCAGCUGACAGAGGCAUAUCUAAUAUCUGUAAUUAAUUAUGGUCUGUUGAUAUUCCUGUGAUAACCUUUUAUAGGGCAGGAAGGAGGUUAUUGUCACUUCUGCUGCAAAUCUGCUCUGUCUGAGCAGCAGAUGUAGUUCCCCCUUCUCCCCCAUCUCCUGCUCUCCCCUCAAAAAAUACUUAAAUCCUCUGUUAAAUUUCUGUAUCGGUAUAAGAAGCUAAACCAAGCCAUCCACCUCACACUGAAAAUGUCUCAAUACCACUGAUCUAUUUGUUUCCAGCUUUGAGACUGAAGAAUAGUUUUGUUCCACCAAAUGAAAGCAAUCAAGUGUUUAAUCCUUUCAAGUGCAAUUAGAAGCACUGACCUCCUUGUUCUUUAAAAUGAGGGUCAGGGGGAGGUAAAGGCCAGUUCUGAGCCUUUUCUUUCAUAUCAGAAUACCCCUUCGCUAACUAUCUCUUCUGUUUCCAAAAACAUCAGACAGCAAGGGAAAAAACAGGCUUCUACCUCCAUUAGCAGUUAACUUAAACAGCCAUAAGUUAAAGGGGGAGGAAAAGGAAGAGCAUCUCUAUCUAUCUCCUUUCACAACAGAAGACAUCUGGCCUCCUGUGGGGAGGCCCCAGAUAACAAAGAACCUGUCAUUGCAAACCUCCGAGAUGCUUCAGAGAGCCGUUUUACCUGCAGUCUGGCUCAUUCAUUUCCUGCCACUGAAGCCAUCUGCUUUUGCUUAUUGUGGGUAUUUUUGUUCUUUGUUUGGCCAGGAGCAUGAAGUGGCUUCACUUCAGCAUGCCUGUAUGCUUGGUCAGAGGGAGGAUUUAAUCCUUUUCUCAAGAUGAAUAAGAGAGGGAGCUGCAAAAAACAAUUCCUUUCCUGGAAGGUAGCACAAAUGUCAUCCAAGCCUAGGUUGAAUGAAGGGUCAUGUCAGUGCAUGGGGUAAAGAAACGCUGAGAUUGAAAAUAGAUGGCAACUUGGAAUCUACAGCAGAACCUUCCAAAGCAUUUGUAAUCUCACCUGAUUUAAAUCCUUUGCUUCUUGCAAUUUUUUUUCAGUUUGAGUCUCUCUGGUUUUCCACACAGGCUUCUUCCGGCCCGAUUGCAGAGUAAUGUAGCAAUCUGCUUUUGCCUUUCUCUUGCACUGAGUUUCAGUAUUUUGCUCAAAUGCUUCAAAAAUCAGUCUGUCUUCAUAAGUGAUAAUCAUAGCAUGCUUAUAUAAAAUAUAAUGUGAUGUGAAAAUCCAUUCCACCGAUCCCUACCUUUGAAAAUGCCAAAAUAAGGAAGAGGGAAAAUUCCCAGUCAGUUUCCCAUCAUUUACUAUAAUGCAGUUAGUGCACUCCCAGGUACCAUUAACUUGUAUCACAAAGUAUUCCAAAAAGCCACGCAUCAGCUGAAUUCAUGAAACUUGUUUUGUGACACAAAUCUUGAUGGUCACACUGCAGCAGUGUUAAACUAGGUGAGCUUUCCUGCUCUGAUGAAAAGAUUGUGUGGCAGUAAGAUGCUGGCCUACAGACAGCAGAAUAUGAGGUCACCCAUUAAGGUAGGGAACGACCCAACACAAUUACUGAAAUAUUAUCCCUUGUCUUGAGAGACAUUAUUUUACUAAAAUUCCAAUACUGUUAUUAGUACGAAUAUUGAUUUUGACUAGCGAUACUUGGCGAUACCAACAUUCAAAUUAAACAUUUAUAUGAAAAUUUUACUACACUGUUUGUGUUCACUUGUGGGAAAGAUAACACGUUGCCGCCAUUUUAUGGAUUCUGAAGAGAAAUCGGAUGCUGUAGAAUUUUGAAAGUAGCAUAUCACAUUAAACUUUAAAAACACUCA